GAGCCCUUCGCUGGGACCGGACCGAGCUGAGCCUUCUCUGACCGGAGACCAGACCAUGCAUGUCAUUAGGUUUUGGCUACUGGGUGCGUUUUGGCCACAGGUGAUUGCCCUCAGCAACCCCCUACCCCAUGUGGAGCAGUAUGAGGUGGUGUGGCCCCAGCACCUGCCUAGACACCGUGCCCGUCGAGCUGUACCCUCCCAAAGGGGCCUAUACCCGGAGAAAGUGAGCUACAUCCUUGGGACUGGAAAUCACACUUUUACUCUACACCUUCGGAAGAACAGGGACCUGCUGGGCUCUGGCUACACAGAGACCUACUCAGCUGACAAUGGCUCUGAGGUGACAGAGCAGCUGCACGGGCAGGACCACUGCCUCUACCAGGGCCAUGUGGAGGGGCACCAGGGCUCUGCCGCGAGCCUUAGCACCUGCAGUGGUCUCAGGGGCUUCUUCCGAGUGGGCUCUGCCAUCCAUCUGAUUGAGCCUCUGGAUGGGAGUGGUGAGGAGGGGCGACACGCUAUGUACCAGGCUGAACACCUGCAGCAGAAGGUGGGGACCUGUGGCGUCAGUGACACCGAUGAGGACAACGUCCUGGAACCUCGAGCAUUGGCAGCUUUCUGGCCUCACCACCGGAAAUCACCACUACCCCAAAAGACCCACUUUGUGGAGCUGUAUGUGGUCACUGACAGCAAAGAGCUCCAGCUCUUUGGGAGCAGAGAGGCCGUGCGCAGGCGGGUGCUGGAAGUGGUGAACCACGUGGACAAGCUUUAUCAGAAACUCAAUUUCCGUGUGGUUCUGGUGGGCCUAGAGAUCUGGAGCACAGAUAAGAUCUACAUAAGCCACCAUGCCAAUGUCACACUGGACAACUUCCUUUCAUGGAGGGCACGGGCCCUAACGGGACGGCUCACCCACGACAAUGUACAGCUUAUCACGGGCAUCGACUUCAGUGGGCCCACUGUCGGACUGGCUAAGGUGUCUGCCCUGUGCUCCUGGCAUUCCGGGGCUGUGAACCAGGACCAUUCUCAGAACCCCAUCGGUGUGGCAUCCACCAUGGCCCAUGAGCUAGGACACAACCUGGGCAUGAGCCACGACGAAGCCAUCCAAGGAUGCUACUGCUCCAUGCCACAGGAAAGUGGUGGCUGCAUCAUGGCGGCCAGCCUUGGCUCCAAGUUCCCCAGGAUAUUCAGCAGGUGCAGCCAGGCUGACCUGGAGACGUUUUUGGAGAAGCCUGAGGUGGACUGCUUGGCCAAUGCCCCUGACCUAGACCGGCUGGUGGGAGGCCCCGUGUGCGGGAACCUGUUUGUGGAGCGUGGGGAACAGUGUGACUGUGGUACGCCCCAGGACUGUCGGAACCCCUGCUGCAAUGCCACUACCUGCCAGCUGGCUGAAGGGGCUAAGUGCGCACAUGGCGAGUGCUGCCAUGAGUGCAAGGUGAAGCCAGCUGGUGAGCUCUGCCGGCAAGCAAAGGAUGGAUGUGACAUGGAGGAGUUCUGUGAUGGCCAGCAGCCGAUGUGCCCUGAGGACGCCUUCCAGGAGAACGGGACACCCUGCCCAGGGGGCUACUGCUUUGAUGGGAACUGCCCCACCAUGGCCCAUCGGUGCAGGGAUUUGUGGGGACUGGGUGCACAGCCUGCCACAGACACCUGCUUCAAAGCCAGCCUCUCACCAGGUUGCAGUGGCACUGUCUCCUUUGACAAGCACAGCCCCAAUAGAUGUGGUGUCCUGUACUGCACAGGGGGACAGAAGCCCAGGGAACGUUCCUCCUGCACCUUUAACUCCCACCGGGGCCUUUGCCAAGCUCUCCAAGUGGACAGCAACAUUGCUGCCUACGAGCUGGUGCUUGAGGGCACCAAAUGCGAUGAAGGGAAGGUUUGUUGGAAGGGGCAGUGCCAGGACCUCCAGAUCUACAGAUCCAAGAACUGUUCUGCCAAGUGCCACAACCGUGGUGUAUGCAACCACAAGAGUGAGUGUCACUGCCACACAGGCUGGGCCCCUCCUCACUGUGCAGAGCUGCUGGUAGAUGUGUACAAAGAAUCUGGGAGCCUUCCGAAUGGCGUGUUGGUGGUCUUGGUACUCCUGGCAGUUGGGGUGGUCAUUGUGGCAGGUGUCAUUAUCCACUGCAAGAUGUGGCGCCAUGUUCAAAAAAGGAGCUCAACAACCAAGACCACCAUGGGGCUCUCCAACCCACUGUUCCAUGAGGGCGGUACCAGUUUGCCAGCCAAGGGCAAGACUCCAGGUCCCCCGGAGCUGAUUUCUACCAUUCAACCUAGCCAGUUCCCUAAGCCAACAGUGACCCCAAAGAGGCCACCCCCAGCUCCUCCAGCCACCAUGUCUAGUCCACCCCUCCCACUUCCUGUCUACACCCAGCAGGCAUCAGACCAGCUGAGACCUGCUCCUCCCACCAAGCCUCUCCCAAAGCUGAAGCCCAAGCAGGUUGUCAAGCCAAGCUGUGCACUGCCAGUGCCACCAGUCAAGCCUUGGGCUGAAGGGAUCACACCAGGAAGGACUCAGGGACUUGAUGGUACAAAGGUUGCCCUGAAGCCCCCGGUCCUGAGGAGGUGAUUGGGCAGAGUGCCGCAGGACGCCAUCUGUGAGCCCAGGGAAGUAUGGAGGAGCCCCAGCAGGACAGUGCUCCUGUGGCCACGCUCCUCAGCCUCCCAGGGUCAACAACAGAACCUCUCAGCUCAGGACUCAGGGCUGGACCCUCAGUUGCUCUUCUGACCACAGGGCUGCAUCAGACAGACGCUCUUGCUGUUGGGCUGGGCCAGGCCCACUGCUCAAGACCAGACCCUUCUCACCUGCAUUGGCUGCGCUCAGCCUGCUAUGUCUGCAGUGGCGAGGUUGAGAUGGGAGGACACCAGGAGUGUGUGUGGAGACUGCUGUCCAGACAGCUACUGCCCCCGUGUGCUCAGGAGAUCCAGAGCGCUUUUCCCAGCCACCGCUGCACCUGUUCUCUGGCUUGGCCAUCACCCCAUGACCCCUCCAAGAUCAGGACAGCUCAAGUGGUUUCCUGUAAAGAGGGUGCCGAUAAGUGGAUUGUACCUGCAUUGGCUCCGACCAAGCCCAUGAUUUAAGAAGGAAUGUCUACUUUUCGGGAAUCACUGUCUUUUCGGGGGGCCGAGCAAAUGGCUAUUUGGUCUGGAAACCUCAGGGAUGAAAUCCAUUAAUAAAGCUUAUAUUUUAUCAAUAAACU